CAGAAAAAAUGAGAUAAAAACUGAAAUACACCAUAACACAGCAAGUUGGAACCAUGCAAUCCUCACUCCUAAUAUCUUCUUUCUCUUUCCCCACUGCUCCUCCUCCUCGCCGGUCAGCCACUUCACUCCACUCUCUCUCCAUCAAAUCCUCCGUCGAGAAGACCCCUACCACCAAACCCCAACCCACAAACGCCUCUCCCCCGAAACCCGCUUCCUGGGUCAGUCCCAACUGGCUCACUUCUCUAUCUCGCUCCUUGACCUUUGGUCGCGGUGACGAUUCCGGGAUACCCAUUGCCAGUGCCAAGCUUGAUGAUGUCUCUGAUCUGCUUGGCGGCGCUUUGUUCUUGCCGUUGUUUAAGUGGAUGAAUGAGUAUGGCCCUAUCUAUAGGCUUGCUUCUGGGCCCAGGAAUUUUGUGGUUGUUAGUGAUCCUGCCAUUGCCAAGCAUGUUUUGAGGAAUUAUGGAAAGUAUGCUAAAGGGCUUGUCUCUGAGGUCUCGGAGUUUCUUUUUGGGUCAGGCUUCGCCAUUGCCGAGGGUUCCCUUUGGACAGUGAGACGCAAGGCUGUGGUUCCAUCUCUGCACAAGAGGUAUUUGUCUGUGAUGGUCGACCGGGUAUUUUGCAAAUGUGCUGACAGAUUGGUGGAGAAGGUGCAACCUUUUGCACUCAAUGGCAAUGCUGUAAACAUGGAAGAGAAGUUCUCUCAAUUGACUCUUGAUGUGAUUGGUCUGGCACUAUUCAAUUACAAUUUUGAUUCACUUACGGCUGAUAGCCCUGUUAUUGAUGCAGUUUACACUGCACUAAAAGAAGCGGAAUUACGCUCUACGGAUAUUUUACCUUACUGGAAGAUUAAGCCUUUGUGCAAGAUAAUUCCAAGACAGAUAAAAGCUGAAAAGGCAGUGACAAUCAUUAGAACAACAGUUGAAGAGCUUAUUAAGCAGUGCAAAGAGAUUGUUGAAAGUGAGGGCGAAAGAAUUAAUGAGGAGGAAUAUGUUAAUGAAACUGAUCCAAGCAUCCUUCGGUUCCUGCUAGCAAGCAGAGAAGAGGUUUCAAGUUUACAAUUAAGAGAUGACCUCUUAUCAAUGUUAGUUGCUGGUCAUGAGACCACUGGCUCAGUGUUGACGUGGACGCUAUAUCUUCUAAGUAAGGAUUCCACCUCAUUACUAAGAGCACAAGAAGAAGUUGACAGAGUUUUACAGGGAAGGGCUCCUCUCUAUGAAGAUAUAAAGGAUCUCAAGUUUCUAACUCGAUGCAUAAAUGAGUCUAUGCGACUUUAUCCACAUCCUCCUAUCUUGAUAAGAAGGGCUGAAGUUGACGACAUUCUUCCAGGAGAUUAUAAGGUUAAAGCUGGUCAAGACAUAAUGAUUUCAGUAUAUAACAUACAUCAUUCUGCACAGGUCUGGGAGAGAGCAGACGAGUUUGUGCCAGAAAGAUUUGACUUGGAAGGUCCAAUACCUAAUGAGUCAAACACAGACUUCAGGUUUAUUCCAUUCAGUGGAGGGCCUCGUAAAUGUGUUGGUGAUCAGUUUGCUAUGCUGGAAGCUAUUGUCACACUUGCAAUAUUUCUUCAGCACUUGAAUUUUGAGUUGCUACCUGAUCAGAACAUUAGCAUGACAACUGGAGCAACAAUACAUACAACGAAUGGCUUGUUCAUGAAACUGAGCCAACGGCAAUCUAAUUUGGCUUUUGCUUCAUCAACUUCAAGGUAAACUGUAAAUUUGUGUACUCUGGAAACAUCAAAUGUUAUAGUGUGCUAUAGUUGGAAAAAGAAAAUGGACACUCUGAUUAUGAUUCUUUGCUGUACGUACUAUCGAUCUUUUUACUUCAAAAGGUGGUAGCUAGUGGCAAUUUCAAUUAUCUGAGUGGUGAAUGAAGGAAUGUAACUUCCUCAUAUCUGUUUCUUUCAUUUCUUGUGCAUUUCAAACAAACAUAGGAUGUUGGACCUUCUAACACACACAUGGCAUUAAGAUAUCUUAAUUUGGAUUAGUAACAACAUUUUGCAUGCCUUCCCCAUGCAUCCUGGAGAGUCAAAUGCAUCAGUACACGAAACUCAUUAGAAGUUGUGGGGUGUCAAGUGCAUGAUCAUCUGACAUCUGCUAUUUUUAUUCUCCCCCAAGGCGUUGAUAUUCUUCUAAGCCGGCCACCACCUGUGUUAAUAUUCUGUGAAUUUUUAUUUCGU